AUUAGGAGGUGUGCCUGCCUUCCACCAUCGCCGCGCGCGCGGCGAUGCCGUCGACUUCGAGCUCCAACCAGAGCGGCGAGCGAGGAUCCGGCGCCGAAAAGGACGAGGGGGCGACGCGGCGGAUGCAGCUGUCCCAAGACCAGCGCGCCGUGCUCGAGGCGGUCUACGCGAUGGAGAAGCUACCCGACUCGCGCCUGCGCGAACGCCUCGCCACCUACCUCAGCUUGUCGGCGCGACAGAUCCAGGUCUGGUUCCAGAAUCGGCGGCAGCGCUCCAAGUCCAAGGAGCCUCAGCUGUCCCAGCCUCCGCUCCUCGCCGGCCACGACCAGGUCCUCUCCGCACUCUUCGACGUGUCGGAGGGGGCGCUGCCUCCGGAGGUGCGGGCGCGGGUGGCGAUGGGCUCGCGCUGCGGCACCGGAGGCGACCUGCUCGCCUCCUCCGCGGUCGCGGCAGGCCCCGCCGCCUCCCCCGCCGCCGCCGCGCAGCUGUCUGCAGGCGCCGGCGGAGCGAUGCCGCUCGCGGCGGCGGCGGUGGCGGAGGAGGGGGCGGGGAGGCUGCCCUUCAACCUGAGCUUCGAGUGGGGCCUCCCCUCGGCCGGGGCCUUCCUCCCCUCCCGUGGCGCCGCCCCCUCCCUCGCCGCCCCCUCCCUCGCCGCCGGUUUGGUACCGUCGCCGCUCGACAGCCUCCAGCCUCUCCCGAGCCUCGGCGGCGCGUCCGUCGCCCUCGGCGCUGUCCCGGCGACGCUCGGAGCGGCGUGCGGGAGGGAGCCGCACGCCGCCGAGCCGACCUCCGCCGCACCCCCCUCCUCCCUCCCCCAAAGCGGCCUGCAUGCUCCCGCGGCACCGCCGGGCGGGCGCGUCGGCCCUUCGGCGCCUCUCGCUGCGGCGGCGGCGGUGGGUGGGGAUGGGGGCGGGCUGGCGCCCCCGCCGCCGAUGGUGCUCGAGGCGCAGAUGGGCUACAUCUGCCACGUCCUUCGCCUCGCGGCGAUGGACUACUCCCUCGUCUCCGCCUCGGCGCCCUCCUCGCUGCUGCAGACGUACGCGCCGGACGGUGCCGCCGUGCUCAACUCGCUGGCGUGGUGCUUGCCCCGUCGCCUCGACCCGGCUGGCGUGAGAGCAGCGCGCCUCUUCACGCCUGCAGGCCCGCUCGUCGACAUCGUCGCAUCCACGCGCGAGGCGGCUUGGUUUGGCGGCUCCGACGAGCAGGCGGCCAUCCUGCGCCGCGCAGGCAGCAGCUUCAAGGCCAUCGUCGGAGUGCCGUGCCUCGAGUCGCCGGGCAUGUGGGGCUCGGACGGGCAGUGCGUUCGGCCGGCUGAAGGCGCCGUCCUCGGCGUGCUCGUCCUCUACGCGACGCACCCCAUCCCGCAGACGCAGCAGACAGCCCUCCUCCUCUCGCUGCUCGGCUCGUCGAUCGCCGCGGCCACCCUCGCCGCCCCCGCGCAGAGCCGCACCCUCUCGCCCGCCACGUCGUACUCGCUCCACCCGCAGCCCUCCGCCUCGUCGGCGCUCGGCUGGCUCCUCCUCGUCGCGGCGCGGGUGGCGGACGUGGCGGAGCACUGGCGAGCGGAGCUGGGUUCGGCGGGCGUGGCGAUGAGCGCCGAGCGGCUCCUGAUCGCUCUCUCCGUCGGCUCGGGGCCCGGCCGGGUCACUCUGUCGACGGGGGCGGACUCCGAGGCGGGACCGCGCCCCUUCUCCGUCGCAGAUGUGUGCGGCGGACUCUUCAUGCUCCGUGGUUGGUCCGUGGCAGGCGGACCACCCCUUCUCUUCCCAGAUGUGCCGCGCGGCCUUCUACGCGGGGAAGGCGGGCCAUCAAAGAGUGAGGAGGCGCUGAUGUGCAUGAGCUGCGCGGUAGGCGUGCCCCUCCCCCUCAAGACAGCCGUCGGCAUCCCUCUCUGCUCCGCGGCCAGCCCGCACGCCGACGCGCUCGUCCUCUACUCUCUCCGGCCGCUCAAGCAGUGCCCGCUGACCACAAACUUGCUCACGCACCUGCAGCUCCUCGCCACCGCCGCCGACGUCUGCAGCGUCGACGCCGAGGCGAGCGCACCAGACUCGCCGGGCCCAAGGCCGGUGGCGGCGCGUUUGCGCUGCGACUCUCUCCCAGUCGCCGCUGUCGCCGCGGGGGCGGACGGCGGCGACGGCGGUGCACGCGGCGGUGUGGGGAGCUCGGAGGGCGGCGGUGCGGCGCAGGGCGGCGACACGCGGGCAAGCUUCAAGCGGGCUCUCUCGCUCGGCGCUUCGCUCGACACGCGCGGGCGCCGACGAUCUCGACAGCUGAGGUUGCGCCGAGAGUCGCGUUUGGGGGACGCGGAGGCUGUCCGAGGAUGUAGGCUGGACGAUUUCGAUUGCGUGAUCGCCGGCAUCGCGCACGCGGAGAGCGCGCCGGUGUGGUCGGCGCCCCUGCGCUCGCCGGCACGCCUCUCGGCCGUGCGGUUGUUCGGUUCAUGA